AUGCCUUCGAGACACUCAAUCAUUCCGAAUUUGGAUCUGAGUCCAUCCACCUUGCAGGCGGGUGCGAAGAACUCACCACUAUCACCUGGUGCCCAGAGCUCCGAUGGUCUCAGCCCCUUGACGCCGCACUCUCCCAAGUCUUCCUCCAGUUCACAGUUCUUCAGAGGGGCCACAAUACGACCCGUCACGCAAGACUCAAACCAGACCUCCGAUAGCCCUGCCUUCCCUACCUCCCCGGGUGCGGCCACGGAACCACCAACCCCAGGCUUCACGGCUAUACCACAGUACCCGCCAUCACCUAGAGAGUCCCCCAAGCACUCUCGCGACCCCUCGCGGUCUUUCUUCGCCAGUCUUAAGGCACCAAAAUACUCGCAUCAUGCACAGAGGUCGGACAGUUCGGAGAAUUAUGCAGAGAAACCGAAAAGCCGUGGCAGCUCCAGGGAUCGCAGGACAAAGAUAACGUCGAAGCUUUACGAAUCGUCUCCCGAUCUCCCGGCAACGAUCGCCCAACAAGAAAAAGACGGCAACCCUUCCGACGAAAAGACUUCUCAGACUCAGGCGACAGAGCUCAAAAAGGUGGGUACGGAGUUGGAAGGGUUCAACACGCUUAAGAAGACGAAGCCGCGUUUCGCCAAUCUUCUAUCGCGCUCCCGGUCGAUCAGGUUGGACGACUCUGCCAUGGGCCGAGCACCGAAUAGGCGUCCGUCCACCAGCCUUCUGAAACUCGAAGAAAAUUGCAAGCCAGAUACGCAAGAAUCCGCGAAACUCCGUCAGGAGCGUGGUGUGAAAGGCACCGCAAACGGUACAAUCCGGACUCCCGCUGCCGAACGGCCUACGGAAUUUGGCAACAGCUCGACGGUACGGAAGGGGACACUGGUACCGUCGGCAUCACUGAGCCAAGUGUCAGGUGCUUCAGCUGCCAUAUUUAACAAUCUUAAGCAAUCUUCCAGCGGAGCAGCGGAUCGAUUAGGAAAGGCUGGAAAAGGGUUCUUUGGUAAGAUCACGAGAAGUGGAAGUACGAAUGAGCGUGAGCUAGUGGCAGAUGAUAAUUACGUUUGCUCUGUGAUAAAUCUGCCGCUGAUCGAGCAAGCACGCCGGACACGCAUUGCCAAGCGACUCGAAGACUGCAGGGAUAAGACUGAGUUCUGGAUGCCUGCCCUGCCGUACCGUUGCAUAGAUUACCUCAAUUUCAAGGGUUGCGAGGAGGAAGGCCUCUAUCGUGUGCCGGGGAGUGGCAAAGAAGUGAAGCACUGGCAGAGACGCUUUGAUACAGAUUUGUAUGACAUCAACACCAUUGGCUCGCUCUUCAAAGCCUGGCUUCGUGAAUUACCCGAUGAACUAUUCCCGAAAGAGACUCAAGCCAUGAUCGCUGAAAAAUGCGAGGGUGCUACCACCGCUCCGCAAAUGCUCAAGGAUGAACUCUCCAAAUUGCCCCCUUAUCAUUACUACCUUCUCUUCGCUAUAACCUGCCACCUCAACCUUCUCCACUCAUACGUCGACCAAAACAAAAUGGAUUACCGCAACCUUUGCAUUUGCUUCCAACCCUGCAUGAAAAUAGAUGCAUUCUGUUUUCAAUUUCUGGUAUGCGACUGGAAGAAUUGCUGGCAAGGUUGCUGGACAGAGAAAGAGUGGCUUCAGCGCGAAAAGGAAAUGGAUGAGAAAGAAAAAGCACCUGAAGAGAAGGAAGUGCAAGCGUUCAUUGCCGAUGAGAGAGCAGUGUCUUCGGGUAGCAGCCAAAGCAGCACUUAUGAAGCCCCUUCUCGUCCAGAGACGCCAAAAAACCAUAAGAAGAAGCCCCGAAAAAUUGACACCUCACAUACAAGGAGCAUAUCUCAGCUCCCUGAGCUCGGGCCCCCUCUUUCUCCGAUUCAAAUAUAG